AUGGCGACGAUUUCGGCACCACAUUACAAGAGGACACUCAAUGCUUUCAAAGACUCAAUGAAAUGGCUCAGCAACGCUCUCAUGCGAUCGAAUGCCAGUCGACUUGACAGGGCGGAGGCCAUGUGGAAAAUGCGUGAUAUUGCACUCUUGUUGUCAGUGCUAGAACUAGAGGAUUUCGACCUACCUCAACAGCUACACCACGUGGAGUGGUUUUACAGGCAUUUGGGACAGACAUUUGUCCAAGUCAUCCUCGAUCGCAACCAAGGCAACAAUCCUGUCUUCGUUCGCUAUAGCCUCUGCAAAAGGAAACGCUAUGGUACAAACCGCAAGACUGUUUGGGUCGUUGCUUGGGAACGCGCUUUACGACAAAGAUAUCCGAGCUUUUGGACGUCCUACAGAAAGCCUUCCAAGAAUGCAUGUUACGGCAUUAUCAAGAGCAGGGAUUUGUGA